GGCGUUAUGAGUGCACAGUGUCUGGGCUCCGCUGGGUGUGUGAGAGAGAUGUCAUUCUGAAGUAUCACUUCAGGAACUGGUAUCCCUACAGUCACCUUCUGAUAGACAUGCAGUACGGACAAGGUGGUCCAUUGCUGGACAUCACUAUGGAGUUAGGUGAACUGGAGGAAGUUCAUCUGCCACACUUUGUCUGUUUAGGGACCAACCCUUCCCUGAGGAAUGAGAUGAAGAUUCUUCAUGUAGAGGAACAUGGAGUGUCUUUUGAGGACGUGCAUGAGGUCACCAGAUUCCAUGCCAAAAUUCUCCAUCCCAAGUUCUCAGUUAUCUCUGUUAUACUGAGCUAUAUCUUUACGCGGAACAUAGAUGUCCACUGUGAGCUGAUGCUCUAUAUGACAGUGAAAAAGGAAACACUAAUUCCACGCCUAUACCUGUUCCCCAGUAACCCCAGCCAAAUACAGGCUGUGGAACAACAGGAAAAGUCUCAAGGGUCUUCAAGGGUUCUCAUCUCAAGACCGGAGCAGGCCUUCAAACUGAAUAGUUUCUUCAGACUGAACAUUCCCUGUUCUACCUACAUCAAUCCACAGAAGAUUCAUCUCAUACAUAGAGACUCCACACCAAGCUUUUUCAGGGCGGUUGUGAAAAUGACAGGGGUUGACAUUGAGAUGGAGUUAUUCGGUGAUGAUGAGAGGAUAGCAUGGAAAGAAGUGGUAUCACAAGAUGAAUACAUCACUGCCACCCAUUCAACAAGUGCUGUGUUGGGGGCAGGGCGUCCGGCUGAGAGCAGUCUGACUGGUUCUACAGCGCAGCAGCUGCGUUCUGUACGGACAGAGUUUGUGAGACGAGUGUCAGGACCUGUCCUGGAAGGUCUGCUGGACGGACUCCUGCAACACACAGUCAUCAACCAGGAGGAAAUGGAGUCAAUAAAGGUGAUAGCUGAGAGGGCAGAGAAGGCACGUGACAUCAUCGACAUGGUGUUGAGAAAAGGAACUGAGUCAUGUUCCAGGAUGAUCAACCUUCUUGGGGAGCUGGACCCCUGUCUUUGGUCACAGCUUCAGAACAACAGUUGUAGCCAAACCCUGGGUGUGGGGAGACCAGGCAGAAUAGACAGGCAGGGUGGUUCAGCAUGGUCUUGGUGUCUGUUGCUUUAAUUCAGUCUCCUAAAAAUUUACAGAAAAUGUCAAUCAAACAUGACCACUAUAAUAGCAAUAAACUAACCAAAGGUCCAGCCACACAGCCUCUCUCCUUCUGCAGCCUCCUGGAGGUGUGGAUCUUCUAGCAGGAGGGUCAGUUAGUCCUCCACUAGGUACCUAGCUGGACCCCUAUCUAGCAGGAGGGUCAGUUAGUC